CUCCCUUUAGUUACUGUAAAGUUCCAUUCCAAGAAUCAAGAAUGGAUCCCUACUGAUUCAAGAAAGCUUGAAACUUUUCUUCUUCCAACUCAGCUAUGGCGAUAUCUCUUUGCUUCUCUCCCCUCACUUCAACAACCCCAAAACACUAUUCAAGAAUCCCCCUUUAUAAACCCAUUUCCACUUUAACAACCCCAAAGAUUUUAAAUCCCAAUUUCAAGAAAGUAAAAUGUGUUCCUGAUAAUUCUCAGAAUCUUUCUGUGAUUCAAGAAAAACCCAGAUGGGCAAAUUGGUUGUCAAUUGCAGAAAGUCUUUAUCCUGUUUAUAUAACUGUUGGUGGGGUUGUUGCUUGUUUAAAGCCCUCAACUUUUUCAUGGUUUGUCAAGUGUAGUCCCACUUCAUAUAGUUUGACUCUUUGGUUUAUAAUGCUUGCUAUGGGUCUUACAUUGGAGAUCAAAGAGUUAACGAACUUGUUAUUGCAAAGGCCUCUUUCUAUUCUGUUUGGUUGUGCUGCUCAAUAUACUAUUAUGCCAGCCUUGGGAAUGAUUCUCAGCAAAAUCUUGGGUCUGCCUCCUUCAAUUUCAGUUGGUCUGAUAUUGCUUGCGUGUUGCCCUGGGGGUACAGCGUCUAACGUGGUAACCUUAAUUGCACAAGGAGAUGUCCCGUUAUCAAUAGUGAUGACAGCCUGCACUACAGUUGGUGCAGUGGUUCUAACUCCCUUCUUGACAACGAUUCUGGCUGGAACUUAUGUUCCCGUGGAUGCUGUUAAGCUUUCUAUCAGCACGCUCCAGGUUGUGGUUGCUCCAAUUCUCUUGGGUUCUUAUAUGCAGCACAAAUUUCCGAAAGCUGUAAAAAAAAUUACACCUUUUGCUCCCCUUCUUGCAGUCUUAGCUACAUCUCUUGUUUCUGCCAGUAUAUUCUCUGAAAAUGUUGGUCGUCUAAGAUCUUCCGUGAUUGGCAUGUCAUUAUCUUCUGAUUUGCCUCUAAUCAGUCGUGCUCAGAAUGUGCUAGCUAGCGAAUUUGGACUUCUUGCGGUGUCUGUCGCAUCGCUUCAUUUUGCUGGUUUCUUUGUUGGGUAUCUUUCUGCGGCUUUGGCCGGUUUUAGCGAACCUCAAAGACGAGCUGUAUCCAUCGAGGUGGGCAUGCAAAAUUCUGCCCUGGGAGUGGUUUUAGCGACUUCUCAUUUCUCUUCACCAGCAGUUGCAUUACCUGCUGCAACUUCAGCCAUCAUUAUGAACAUAAUGGGUAGUUGCUUAGGUUUCUUUUGGAGAUGUAUUAACCCUACUCAACCAAAAAGUAGCCUUGAAGUGACUGAUAAAUCUUGAAUAUUCAUGUUGAACCAUUGUGUUCUUUUUCUUUCCAUUUGUGCACUCAUCAAUAAAUUUUUGUUUUCAUCAUUCUCUGGGUUGACUUUUGAGACUCAUCUAACUAAGGUCUGCAAUUAUAGAACCUUCAUAAAGGGCCUAGAAUUCACAUUUGAACUUCCAUAAUCCACAUAUUCUCCCUAACUUUGCUUUUUAUUUUGGCAACUGAAUUCCUGUUCUUCUCCUAUCCUUGAAGAUCAUUUUUUCAGGGAGGGAGAGGUUAUAAGGAAAGUACCCGAAAGAAGGUGAAAGCAUGUUUAAGCGGAAGUACAAUAUUCUCACCAUAUUUGAGGCCAUUGUAUGUACCUUGCAUUUAUGCAAGAGGUUGUUUCCAUUACUUGAACCCCUAACCUCAUGGUCAAAUGGUGGAUGAUUGGUCUCUUGUAGAAGUGAAGGUUAUGUCUAAUGCACAAAAUUACACAAUUGAGUAGAGACAGUGUGUGAAGAUGUAGGUAGAGCUACCUUUACUAUGAUCCACUAGUUACAUUAUAUCCAGCGAGCUUUAUUCAAUGAUCAAAAUUUCGUGCUAAGUCAAAGAAGAAGAAUGCUAGAAAUUUCAAAAUGAGUGUGCAUUUCUGGACAGCAGGUUGAGAGGAGCAGCAAAUGAGAUUGAUUGGUCUGAGAUAUUCGAUUAUAUGCUCUAGAAUCCAAUCUCUUUCCGCAUAUAUGCUUAGCAGGAUUGUUUCAGGAAAAUUGUUUGACAAUUUGGACAAUAUGGUGUCUGUACAAACCAUGAAUCAAUGCACUUGACAUGGAAACUGUGGUUUGGUUGCAAUUUAUCAGUAACCUGCAGUUUUCUUCUGUCUUGGAUCUCUCUAAAAACUCUGUACACUCCAAGGUAUCUUCUCUUCUGUCUCUGUCUCUCUUUAUCAGGCAUUUUUGUUCCUCCAUUGCUGCUACUUUGAACAAUCAGGCCAUUUUCAGAAGGCUGCCUCAGUAUGGACCUCCCUACUAUGUAGAAAUGAACUUUCAGGAGAAUAAUUAUUCCCGACGAAAAGAAGAUCACAUAAUGCCCAUCAUGGACCAAAGAAACUUUUGCUCUUCCACUCAAUCCUUUGUUUCAGAAUAAGCGAAAACAGAGAACUUUUUGGAGCAGUGAUUAUAAACCAGACAACAUUGAUCUUUGCAAGAUACAUUUCGCUUAGAGUUUGGCUAUUAUCAAGUUACCUUUUUCAAUGAUUGAUAUCUCCCCUCUUUAUUAUUUUAUGGUAAAGUGGACGAAGACUUAAAAAUUUAUUGUACCACAGUGAGUCUCCCAAUUUUUCUUCCCUUAGUUUGAGAGAUGAUCGACUUUCUUCGUGCUAGUGCUGAAUAUUUUCAAAAUAUUCUUGAAAGUACUGAUAGACACCAGAAAAAUGAAUUUGUAAUGUUCAAAGAUUUGGAGGUUGAGAUGAGAGAUGUUGUUGCAGCAAGCAGAAGAUCUUCUUGAAUCUAAUAUUGCCAAGAUUAUGACAAAGCGACAGAAAGGGAAGACUUAUCGGUCUAAAGUGACAUUUCAAGAUGAAGCAGGGGUUACACUUUCAGGAUUGCCUCAAGCUAUAGACAAGUUGAUGCAGUAAGGAAAAAGGUUAUAAAAAAUAGCACCUCCACCAUUAAUGCCACUGUUGAGGAGCGUGUCAAUUCUUCGUCUCCAAAGUGUGAUUCUACUGCCCUCCUACAAGAAGAUACAGUGGAUUUGGAUGAUGACUCGACCUAUAUCAUUGAUCGACUACUUGGAUCAUCUCCUGAGUGGGAAGUCAUUACUAUACAGGGACUGUGAGGAAGUGGAAAAGCAACACUCCCUAAAAAAGUUCAGGAUGAUCCUACAGUCAGAUCUCGCUUUUCCAUCCACGCUUGGGUUACAAUAUCUCAAGAAUUUCAAUUUAGAGAAGUGCUUCUAAAACUUGUACGUUGCAUUACAGGGAACGAGUUUCAAGAUAUGAGCAAUGACCAAUUAAUGGAUAAGUCAUAUAAAGCACUGAAAGGUUGGAGAUAUCUUAUUGUCAUUGGUGAUGUUUGGAGCACAGAGAUUUGGAAUGUGAUUUCAAGAGAAAUGGUAGUCGAAUUUUUUUGACUUCAAGGAAUGGAUGUGUAGCUAUGCAUGUUAACACCGAAGUUCAUGCUUACCAAAUGAUACCAUUGAGUUUAUAUGAUAGUUGGAAGUUACUUCACAAUAAGUUAUUUGGUGUAGAACAAAAUUGUCCUGCAGAAUUGGAGGAAAUAGGGAGGGCAAUAGUUGGAAAAUGUGAAGGACUGCCGUUGGCUAUAUUGGUGGUUGCAGGGCAUCUCUCCUAAGUUCCGAUGUCAAAAGAAACCUGGGAAAUAGUAGCUAAAAAUGUUACUAGAGUUGUUACAAGUGAUCCGGAAGGACGGAUAGGAUUACUUGCUAUGGGUUACCACUACUUGCCUAUUCACCUAAAACCUUGCUUCCUCCAUAUCGGAACAUUUCCCGAGGGUAAUGAGAUUGAUGCUUGGACAUUGAUCCGAUUGUGGGUUGCUGAGGGAUUCCUAAAGAUUGACAAGUUGAGAAGUCCUGAAGAAGUGGCUGAGGAAUGUUUAGAGGAUCUUGUCAGUAGAAAUUUAAUAAUGGUUAAAAGGAAGAAGGUAGAUGGUCGGAUCAAAAGUUGUAGUAUGCACGACCUAUUACGGGAUUUGAGUGUGAGACAAGCUGAAAAGGAAAAGCUUUUGAAUGUGAUUACAAAUAAUGAAGCUCCUAAUUUUUCAGCAGCAAAUGAACAGAGUGCUCCGAACUUUAGUUUGCAUACCUCUAUUUCCUUGGAUUAGUUUAUGAAAUCCUCACAAGUUGUACGUUCCUUGUACCUCUUCAAGGAACCAACAGGAAAAACUUCGGAAUUCAAAGCUUUGAGAGUGCUGGCCAUUCCUAAAUCUUCCUUUAUCUUUCACCAUCAUAUGACAUUAGAUUCAGCUAUCCUGAGAUACCUUGAAGUUACUAAUGACAAUGAUUUCACGGAAUUCCUCGGAUAUAUGCACAACCUUCAAACCUUUAUAUUUUAUACCCGUAAAAUAUUAAAGGUUCUAACUUUGCCCAGAGAAUUCUGGAAUCUUAAGUAGUUGAGGCAUCUCCGUGUUAUGCAUAACAUUCAUUUACCCAAUCCUCAAGGCAAUAACUCAUCUGAUGUUGAUCUGCAUCAUCUACAGGAGGUUUCGAAUCUCUGUGUUGCCAGUUGUACAAGGGAGGUACUAUCUCGCCUUGCCAAUAUGAAGAAAUUGAGGAUCGAUGAUUUCAGAAGAGAUAUCAAAGACAAUGAGAUAAAAACAUCCUGGAGCUUACUCAAUCUUGUCUGCUUAAAUAAACUUGAAUCCCUUUACCUAUGUUUUAGGAUGUGUUCGCUGUCGUCACCCCUGGCGAAUUGUUGUUGUUUCCUAACAUCUCUUAAGAGGUUGACCGUGUUUGAUGGUCACCUUCCCUGGGAAGACUUGGCAACUAUUGCGAAGCUGCCCCUCGAAGUGUUCAAACUCAGGAACAAUUCAUUCUAUGGUGACGUGUGGAAACUAAAUGAUGAUGUUCAGUUCAAGCAGCUAAAGUUCCUGCUACUUGAUAACAUAUACAUAAAAACGGUGGGAGGCUAACAGUGAUAACUUCCCAAAUCUUCGUCGCCUAGUGUUACAGCUGAUGUGUCACCUGGAUAGAAUCCCUCUGGAGUUUGCGAAUAGAUGCACCUCGGAGUCAAUUGAGUUCUAUUUCUCCUUGAAUCUCUUGAAAUCAGCAAGAGAAAUUGAAGAGGAAGUUAAUUCAAUGGCGGGAUAUGAUUUCCUUCAUGUUGGCAUCUACGAUGGUAAGUUUCACCGUUUGUGUAAAAAUUACUCAAAUAUUUUAACUGCUAUUUUUAUAGUUAUUUGUGGCUUCUCAAAUGUAUAGCCAUGUUUCUCAAGAUUAAUUACUCAGAUUACAUUAGGCUCCCCCUUUCUCACACUAUGAUAUAUUCUGCUGCCUUGAAAUGCUUAGUUUUUCUCCAAAGAAAUACUUGAUUUCGUCGCUAGUAACUGUUGAAAAGGAGGGAAAAAAAAGGAGGGAUUUUUCUCUGUCUUUGCAGAUUAUUGUGAAUUGGUUAAAAGAACACGGUGGAAAGGCUUUUGCUUCCUUCAAGCAGGGUGAAAAAAUUAGCCCAUAAAAACAUGGUGAGCAUGCAAAAUUCCGCCUUGGGUGUGGUUUUAACGACCUCCCAUUUCUCUUCACCUGAAAUAUUCAUAUCAUAUGCUAAAGAACCCCAUCUUUUAUCCAUAUAUAUGCUUAGCAGGACUGUUUCAGGGCACUUGUUCGACAAAUUGGACAAUAUGGUGUCUGUAUCAACCAUGAAUCAAUGCAUUUGAGAUGGAAACUGUGGUUGCAAUUUGUCAGCAAUCUGCAGUUUUCUCCUGUCUUGAAUCUCUCUAAACACACCGCACAUUCCGAGGUAUCUUCUGUUCUGUCUAUUUCAUCAACCUUGUACAGAAAACAGGGGAGUUUCUUCAAGUCUUCAUCAGACAUUUUUGUACUUGCUCCAUUGCUGCUACUACUUUGAAUAAUCACACCAUUUUCAGCAGCCUGUCUUAUUAGAGACCUCCCUUCUAUGCAGAAAUGAAAUAUCAGGAGAACAAUUAUUCCUGAAGAAAAGAAAA